AUGUAUUCCCGCGGACAACUCGUCCACUUCUCGUUGAUUGCUCUGCUCGACACGGCUGAGAAGGUGGUUAUUCCCAUAACCAGUCAUUAUUCCAGCAUAAUUCGUUCAUCGUGUUGGCUAGACAAAAUGCUGAUUAUUUUCUGUGUCAUUGCGGGCAAAAUCAUCAUCAUCAACAUCAUCAUCAUCGAUGAAAUUCCAUCUACGCUCCAUCCUAUUCGUUGA